CUGCGGGGGGUUUUGGUGCUCUGCCGCAAUACGAUGUUGAAGCCAUGAGGGCGCCAUGCCGCUCGACCACGCAGCCUGCUUCGACCUGCUCUGCAGCGAGAACGCCGACGAUCUCGCCAACGACCACGGCGGCGAGGACGCUGCGUGUGCCGCCGCUCUGUUCCCGGAUGACUCGGAGGAGUCCAUCGCCGGGUUCAUCGAGGUCGCCGCUGACUACUCCCCCGUCUGUGGCUACCCAGACCGCUUCCGCUCCAAUUCCCUCGACUCCUCCGCACGCCAAGAAGCCGUCGCCUGGAUCCUCAAGGUGCACGCGUACUACCAUUUCCGUCCCCUGACGGCGUAUCUUGCCGUGAACUACAUGGAUCGGUUCCUCUCUUCUCACCGUCUGCCGCAAAAUGAAUGGGCAUUGCAACUUCUCUCAGUGGCAUGCCUCUCUCUAGCUACAAAGAUGGAGGAGGCACUUCUUCCAUCCUUGUUAGACUUGCAGGUUGAGGGUGCAAAGCUCAUUUUUGAGCCUCGGACAGUUCUCAGAAUGGAGCUUCUUGUGCUGGCUGCAUUGGAUUGGAGGCUCCGAUCUGUGACACCUUUCACUUUCAUUGAUUUCUUUGUUCACAAGAUUGAUCCGAUAGGAAAACAUGCACGAUAUUUGAUUGCUUGGGCCACCGAAAUUACACUUGCAGCGAUUAAAGAUAUAAGGUUCCUGAGUCACUGUCCAUCAUCACUUGCUGCAGCGGCCAUAAUCCGAGCAACUGAUGAGAUCAAAGAUCUGGAUUCCAUUAACCCUGUAACUGCAGCAUCUUGGUGCAUUGGAUUGUCAGAGGAAGGCAUUGCCAACUGCUAUCAAUCGCUGGAGAAAGAUAUCAUCAAUAACUCAAAAACGCCACAUAUGGUACUUUCACAAUUCAAAGUGGCCUCAUCAAUCGAAAUGAGCAAAGGGUCUGUUCUCCACCUCACAAAAGAAGGAAACUGAACGACAAUUGCCUAAGAGUGGACAAUGGGCAGUAGAACUUCUAAUAUAACCAUAUAUAUAAUGUAUUCUGUUUAAGGUUUUUAGGAAGAACAACCAGAUGUUGCUACAAGGUGUAUGGAGAUUCCUCAACAUUUUUCAGAGGAGUGGGGAGCUGGUCUAUGACAAUGCGCUAUUUUUUUUUUUUGUUCUUUUUCUUGAAGUUCUUUCAUUUGUGGGGCUUUGCUAUUAAUACAAGAUACUUGAGCAAAGUGUAUCAGGUCCUCAAGGGAAGGGAAUCUGAUCUCUGCCAUUGUGGUAAAAAGAAGUGUGAAGGACAGUCUUGCUUGUGUAGGUUGCGGGUGUGACUGAAAUCAAUGUCUGCAUUGAUUGUUAAAUGAAGGACAUCAGCUUGGUGGGUCUUUUUACAGUCAUGGUAAAAAGGGAGAUGCUACUCACUGACUUCUGGCAACUAGUUCAUGGGAAAGCAAGAUCACAAACUGUCAAUCGUUAGUCGGCUGCCCAGUAUUCUCCUUGGACUUACAAAGCAUCUUUGGAGUAUUCUAUUGAAGGUUGUGCUUCUUUUUUAUUUGUUUACAGUGUGAUUGUUCAUGUCAACCUGGAGAAAGAUGUCUAUUCAUCAUACUUCAGGCUACAGACUAUGGUUAAGUCUGCUAAUCUUCUUUGUACAAAGACCAUUGGAGACCUGAAUGUUGUGUUGUUUAAAAUCAAUAAAAAGAAGUUACACCUCUAUUGGACAUGAUAGUUUGGAUCAGCACAAACUCUUUUCUUUUGCCUUUUAGUGAAGAAUCUAUAUGUAAGAGCUGAUUGGAGAAAGGUUUGGUGUGAUACAAGUGGCAGAUGCACUCAUCAGAUCAGAUGUAGACAUCCACUUGAUGCAGCUGGCGAAGUUGGUUGGCAACUUUCUGUCAUCGACACAAAUUUUAAGACAAAAGGAAAAGGGAUUCCAAACAAUGUCUUUAUCAGUGUGUUCAAUCUCGAGUCAUGGACAGUUUCCGGUAUGAACACUGACACUACUGUCACUACUCUUUCUUCCAUUUCAGGGACAUGACAAUAGUUUCCAGGAUUGGUCGAGUUGGAUGAUUGAUAUCAGCAGCUUCUGUUGCACAUGAAAUGUGUCUGCUGUAGCAAAUAUACAGAUUCUGUUCACUCAGCCCAUCUGAUUUGUUUAACUCGUAUCUUACUCAAUUCACUUAGUUUAUUCAGUUUACUCAGCCUAUAGAAGUAAACUAGCAUAUGGGUCAGGUGCCAAACCAAGAGCUAGACGUUGCUUCAAGGCAGGCUGCAGCUUUUCUCCCUUUGCAAUGGCUCUGCUUCCUGCUGCCUUUCGAGUUUCACCUUGAUGCGGGUACGACAAUACCCAUUGUAGAACGACAACACUGGAAGCAGACAUGGACCAUGGUGUCAACACAUAGAGCUACAAUACACCCAAUCAAUACAGCUCAAUCCAUUCCCUUUGCUCAACAAGAACCAAAAGCAAGACAGUAACUCAUGUUUCAGUGUUUCCAAACCUGGAUCAAAACUGGUCCAGUUCUAAGGUGCUUCUGUUGGAAAAUUUUGAAUGAAAAAAAGAUGAAUAGAAGAGUCUCCAUUGUGAAUGGAUUUUUAGUUCCACGUUGAGAGUUUUGUGACUAUGAGAUUAGUUUAUAUUGAAUCACAAUACUUGAAGUUAUGAACGGGUAUGGAGAGAGAUUCUCUUUCACGCCAACGUCUCUUAACCUCAAAGCAUCACUGUGUUUUACACUGUUUAAGUUCACAAAGGAAGUUUCUUUAGUACAAAAUGCUGCAGCACCAAACUUUCACAUGCACACUCAAACCCUGCCUUGCUAGUGUGCUAACAGAAAGAAGCACCCAACACUGCAUGCUUUUCUGUUUCACUCUUUGCUCUGCCUAAGUGCAGCGCAGAGCAAAGGCUGCUGCUUUCUCCUCAUCAUGCACCGUCUUCUUUUCUUCUCUCCAAGUGAGGAAUCCUAUGAAUAAGCCCAAAAGCUCAUGACCCUUAAUUCACUUGGCUAGCUCAAAGAAAAACAUCUAGUCUUGGUGGUGGCCAUGGCUUGAUGAUAAAAGGAUAGCUUUAGCUUUUGGCACUGGCCUGGCUGCUAUGAAUAAGCUCAAGGGCUGCCUAACUCAUGGUGUUAGUGUAGGGCAUGCACCAACGUGAUGGAGUCAAAGUUGGCAUCAUGGCAGAAUACUUGGCCAUGGUGGUGGUAUUUUUUAGGCUUGGUGUCUGCUUUG